AUGAAAACAUACCUACCCAAUAUGGUCCAAGCUAUAACAGUUCUCACUGUUCUCAAGAUGCUCACCAAUGCCCAAACCACUUGUAAUCAGGGCUUGGGGAGAGUAAUGUACGAGCGAUUGCCAGAUCAACAACUUCAAGGAUUCGAUGACGAUGUUGUACGCGACACUGCACCACCUUUUCGAGUUCUUGAACAAUGUCAAGAAUUAUGCCUAAGGGAUAGAACAGCAACCAACAACCUGGUUCGUGCUUGCACCUCCUUCGACUUCCAGCCCGGUAGCCGUAUCGCUUCUUUCAGCGGUACCGUGGAGUAUGAGGAAUCCACCUGCUACCUCACGAGGGAACAAGCCCAUCCUGAAGGAAUUGGCAACCUUGUCCUGGUGCCCAACAGCGUUCACUACACAGAAGUUUGCCUAUCCUCCAGCAGAAUUGAAAGAGAAUGCCCCAGCCGGCACUACGUUUUCGAACGACACACGAGGAAAAAACUCAAAUUAGCAGUAUCGGAUAUUAAAGAAGUGAUCGCCGCAAACAGGACAGAUUGUGAAGACAGGUGCUUGAACGAGUUCAGUUUCGUAUGCCGAUCCGUUACUUACGAUGCCACUGCGAGAACGUGCUGGCUAAGCAGAUUCACCAGAAGGUCGCAUCCUCAACUCCUCGAAGAUGAUCCAAACUCGGACUAUCUUGAAAACACCUGCCUCAACGCUGAAAGACGUUGUGAUGGACCAAUAAUCUUCGUCAAGGAGGAAAACAAGAGACUUGGUGGACCCUUCGAAGUUGACAUUUACACGAACUUGUCGCUCAUCGAAUGUCAAGCGCAAUGUUUGAGAGCGGAAAAGUAUUUCUGUCGAUCAAUUGAAUAUGACGAACAAAUUCGACGUUGCAUUGUGUUCGAGGAAGAUUCCCUGUCACAAAAAGAUGACCUGAGAAUAAGCAGCAGUCCAACGCACGAUCUGUACGACCUGGUCUGUCUGGAUAGCCCAAAGGGAAGUGAAUUUGCAGACAAUUCAGGAACAUCGCACCUUUUCGCCGAUGGGAGACGGCCAGAUACAGCUUUUCAAAGAUAUAGGAACAGCAGGCUCGGCGGUGAAUUCCAUUCUGAAAUCACUGGAAGAUCACUGAGUGAAUGCCUUGACGAAUGCUUACGCCAAGCGAGUUUUCAAUGCCGAUCAGCGGUUUACAGUGACAGAUUCAGAAUCUGCCGCCUUAGCAGGUUCAAUCAAAGGGAUGGUCACCGUAUCAUAUAUGAUGCUGAUUAUGACUAUUAUGAAAAUUUAAUGAAUUACUAUUUAGAAGGAGAAAUACCUGGCUCAAACCCUCAGCAUAGACCAGAUCCCCUGGGUCAAGACACUUCAUAUCCUGGACAAAGUAGACCACCGCAACACCUUGGUGGUGGACAGUAUGGAAGUGGUGGAUUGGGUGGAGGAUACUAUGGUGGUAGUCAUUUUCCAAUAGGAGCAGAACCUCCAGCAUACUGGGGCUUGCCUCCAGCACAACCACCACCAGAUCAACCACCAUUUGGUGGAUUUGGAAGCAAUAGUAUAAUUGGGGGUCCUGGAGGUCCUGGAGGCCCUGGGGGUCCAGGAGGUUAUUUAAGUCCCCAUAUUCCACCAGGCGAACCAGGAAAACCUUUUAUAUCUCGUUGUGAUGAAGCUGAUGGUUUUAAGCAAGUUGGUGUACGACUCAGGGCAAGAAGGCAAUUUAUAAGAAGAUUCCUUUCAGUAGCAUCACUAAGCAUUUGUGAGAAAGCUUGUUUAGAAACUCGUGAAUUUGUUUGCAGAUCUUUCAACUUCAGAGCAACACCCCCAGCAGCACCCUUUGCUCCACAAAAAGAAAAUUGUGAAUUAAGUGACCAUGAUACUCGGGACUUGAAUCUCAAUAAUCCUUCAUUUUUUGAAACAACUGCAGAUUUUGACUUCUAUGAACGCUCAGGUGGAAGAUCUGGUUUAGGAGAGUGUUUAGAUGUCAACCAGGUAUGCAGUGAAGAUGGAAUGGAGUUCACUUUAAGAACACCUGAGCCAUUCAUAGGAAGAAUUUAUACUCAUGGUUAUUAUGAUAGAUGUUUUUAUCGGGGAAAUGGAGGAACUGCAAAUGUAUUAAGAAUUAGCGGAGCACAAGGAUAUCCAGAUUGUGGAACACAGAGAUAUGGUGAUGUAAUGACAAAUAUUGUGGUGGUUCAAUUCAGUGAUUCUGUCCAAACUGGCAGAGACAAACGUUAUAAUCUAACCUGUCUUCUUCGGGGACCAGGUGAAGCCGUAGUAACAUCUAGUUAUAUGACUGCUAAUUCUGGAAGCCCAAUACCUAUUGAAUAUUUACCAGCAGAAAAUUCCUUGAGUUCAAGAGUUAGGCUUCUUAUUUUAUUUCAAGGAAGACCAACAAACACAAUAGCUGUUGGAGAUCCAUUAACUUUCAGAUUAGAAGCACAGGAUGGGUAUAAUUAUGCUACAGAUAUAUUUGCAACAAAUGUAAUUGCUAGAGACCCUUACUCUGGACGUUCUGUUCAACUGAUUGACCGUUUCGGAUGCCCAGUGGAUAACUAUGUUUUCCCAGGAUUGGAUAGAUCGCGAGAAGGAGAUGGACUGGAAGCACGUUUUAAUGCAUUUAAAAUUCCAGAAUCCAAUUUUCUUGUUUUUGAAGCCACAGUUCGAACUUGUAGAGAAGGAUGCCAACCUGCAUAUUGUACUGGAAAUUCAGGAAAAAGUGAACCUUCUCUGGGAAGAAAAAAGAGAGAAACAUCUGGAAAUCAAGAUUACACCAACGAAAUUGCAACAAUUAACAAUUCAACAGACAAUGAAGAACAUGUAAGAGAAAUGAUUAAAGUAUUUGAAUCAAGAUAUGAAAUGCCUCAACAACAAAGGUUAGACGUCAUUGACAGAAGUGUAUGCCUAACUGGUAAAGAAUAUUACACUUUAAUUUCAGCAAUGGCUAUGGUGUUUAUAUUAUUAAUUAUUGUUAUUGUUUAUGGAGCUAUCAAUUAUAGGCAAAACUGGAGAAUAAUAAAAAAGAACCUAGUGACUGACCAUGCAUCACACAAUUUUGGAAAAGAAAAUAGACAGAAUGUAUUUUCAGUUCUGAUGCCAACUCUAAAUAAGUCAUUUUUAAAUGGAAGGACUUCAAGAUGUAUGCUUGACACAACUGGAAAACAUGGUAUGAGUGGUAUUCCAGGUAGGAGACAUUUUGAAGAUCCAAGUGAGCCGAUAUAUACAGAUCCAUCCCUUUUUGAAAGAUCCCGAAGUUUAAGAAGUAUUGCUGUUGUACAGGAAGAACAUAAUGUUUCUAAAGAUACAUAAGGCCUUAAACUAUUGAUUGUGUUGGACAUUGGUUCCUGAAUGAGAAAUUUUAUAUUCUUUUCUAUUGAAUGUUACAAAUGUUUAUGUUUCAAGUGUUGGAAUCUAUAAUUUAGCCUUCCAAAAAUUGGAAAAAUUGUUUAUUUUUUGUAUAUUUUUUAACUAGAAACAAAUAAAUAAUAACUAAUGAGAAUUAUAAAAAUACUGAACUAUUUUUGAGAAUUGAGAAAUAGAUUUUGAACUAUUUGAAUGUUGAACUAGAAGUGAGUGUUCAUUGAUUGUUUUUUUCCAAACAAUCUAUAGAUACUGAUUUCUAAUAUAACUCAGAAUAAAUAUCUACCAGAUUGUUUUAUAAAUAUUUGCUGAACAAUAGAGAAACUAGAGGAAGAAAAAAGAGAGAGAGUGAGGGGGAGGGAGGAGUAUUACUAUAAUAUAUAAAGAAGUUUUGAUAAUUUUGAAAUUAUGUACCAUAUAAAUCUUUAAUAUCAGAUUUAAUCGUAAAACUGACAGAUAUCUUACAUAAUAUAUCUCAUCUAUAUGCUUAUAAUUAUAGUCACCCUACUGAUUUAAAGGUAGAAAAUCUGGUUGUGUUUUUCUGGGUUUGAUUUGUUUGAGGUUCUUUAAAUUAAACUUAUUAUCAUUAUUUGUUUGUAUUAUUAGCAAUCCAUUUCACAGUUUAAGUUAUAUUGUAAAAUUUAAAAUAUGUAGUUUU